AUGAAGGGGGCACUUCUGCUGCUGGCCUUGCUGGUGAUUGGAGAGUUGGGCUUCCAGACAAGUGAGAAAGCAUGCAUUCCCUUCUUUGGUAUCUAUGUCGGCCUUGUCUCUGGAAACAGGGAUUUGUUGCAUGUGGAACUUUCUCCAUUCCAUCCUACGGAUGAAGAAAAGGUAGCCUUUGAAAAAAUCCAGGACUGCUAUGAGGAAUCAGGACUAAAAACUACAAUUCAGGAUAUGAGACUUAUGACAUCCAUACUCACCAGCCCAGAAUGCCUGCAAUACUAUGGCAGUGAUAUCGUCUCGAAAAUUGUAGAAAAUUUCCCCAAGUUUAAGGCCGUUACAGACUAA